GUUUCUGGUGAAACCUGCACACUGUUCAUCAUUAAUCAACUAAAAAGAUGAAUUCUUCAAAAACUCAGCAACAUUCUGACAAGUUAACCAUCGCUUUGUUGGGAGAGAAGCCUGGUUUAAUAAAAAAGAUUGAAGAUGUAAUCCUCCAAGGUCAUGGUACUUUUGUGAAAGUCACAGAUUAUGAAUUGAGAGAGAAUGAUUCAUUCAGGAUCAUCAGUGCUCCUACAUUCUUUGAUAAAGAAUGUAUGAAUCCAAACCAGAAAAUCAUUGACUUAAUGGCACUUUCAGAUCCAGGGCCUCAUUGGUUCAUACUGGCAAUAGAGUCAGAAAACGCAUCUGAAGACAAAGUUAGAGAUCAAAUCUCUAACCUUAAAAAGAUAGCUGGAAAGAAUGUAACAAAUAAACAUCUAGCUAUAAUCUUAGAAAACUCAGAGAGCCACAGUUCACUCAAGUGUACGAAGGAAAUCCAGAUAAAGCCUCUCCAGAACAGCCUUGCCUCUGAAUUGAAGGAUUUGUCUUUAAAGCAUCAGCGAUUCAAGUUUGACUACAAGCACUACAGCCACGACAUUGUGAAAGAAAGGAGAGAAGAUUUGGAAAGUAGAAGAAAUGAAUUGCACCCUCAGAAUAACCCACAAACUACAGGUGGCAGUGCCCAUGGUGUGUCAGGAACUAUACUGAACAUUGUUCUGUUGGGAAAAAGUGGGACUGGAAAGAGCGCAUCUGGAAACACCAUCCUCGCUGCAGGAAACUCCCAGCAUUCAAUCAUCCAAGCAUUCAGCUCAUUGCAGCAGGGUGCAAGUAAAGAGUUUAUGUCCUGUCCAAGCUCCACACCAGUCACCACCAAAUGUGAGGUCAGAACGAUGAAGCUUGGGAUAAAGGUUGGAGUGGUCGACACCCCAGACUUCUUUUACGAAGACGAACGUGUCGACAAGGCACAGCUGGAUGAGUGUAAGAAGUACUGUCAGGAAGAACAGUGUGUGGUUUUGCUUGUGAUACAGCUCGGCAGGUUUACAGAUGGCGAGAGUGAAAUAUUAGAGAAGCUGGAGGAAAAUCUUGGGUGGGAAAUCAGGAAGAAAACAAUCGUCCUGUUUACACAUGGAGAAGAUUUGAAUGUCAAAGUCGAGAAGUUUAUCGGCGACCGGAGUCGCCUCAAGCACAUUGUGGAAGCUUGCGGUCAGCGUUACUAUAUAUUCAAGAACACUAUCAAAGACUCAAAGCAAGUCAUGGGACUCAUUGAGAAAUUUCCAGAAAUGUUUCCAAACUUUACAGCAAAGCAAUCACCCGCACAGUGCUGUGUGUGUUAACAUCACAAUGAUUUAUAGCUCUAUAGUCGAUGGCCAAAGUAUAAUAUGUUGAUGUUAUUUGAACUUACUCUGAUUGUAUGUUUUUCCAUCAUAAGCUGGUGUCUCUAACAUUCAAAUCUAAUCUUCAUCUUAUACAUAUAUGUAUUAAAAAAUUGUAUUCUUUUCAAUUAUGGCAAACAUUUAAGGAUGAAGAGAUGCCAAAUAACUUGCUUCUAGUAUGGAGAAACUCCAAAUAUAUUGAAACAGAGUUGGUAAACACAGGCAAAAAGUUUCCUCCUUUGGUCUUUAUUUUUAUUUUUCUUAUUUGUUGUUAAAUAGAAAAUGUAUGAUAUGUUGAAAAAGUCUUAUUGUGAAGUUUUCGUGUAACAUGAGUCAGAUCCAGGCACAAUAUUGAUUAGUUAAAUAUGAUUUUAUGACCAUUUAUUCUGUCUAUACAAAGGAAGAUUUUUUGAA